GCAUCAUACAGUGCAGGAGCGAAGGUUUUGGAGUCGGUUACUGUAACCCCUCGGCAGAAGCUGGGGUACGUUGUGGAAGAAGCCCACAAGCAUCAAUCCGUCUUGCUGGUGGCUCGUCGAGAAACGAGGGGAGAGUGGAAGUUCUCUGGCAAUCACAAUGGGGGACUGUCUGCGAUAAUGGAUGGGACCUGACUGAUGCCAACGUAGUCUGUCGAACUCUUGGACUCGGUCCUGCACUCGAAGCCAUCUCUUAUGCUGGCUUUGGUCAAGGAGCAUGGGCGAUCGUUCUGGAUAAUGUGAACUGUACUGGGGAUGAAGACAGCGUCUUCCAGUGCCAACAUGCUGGUAUGGGUGUCCAUGAUUGCGAACAUGGAGAAGAUGCAGGGGUUCGUUGUGCCCCUAGCCCAUUAGGAUCAGUACGUGUUGUCAAUGGCUCAUCAAGAUACGAAGGCCGAGUCGAAGUCUAUUACGACGGAAAAUGGGGAACCGUCUGCGACGAUUUUUGGGAUGACACCGAUGCUAGUGUCGUUUGUCGGAUGCUUGGUUUGGGCGAUAACGGAACUGCCGUCGGUUGCUCUACCUACGGGGAAGGUUCUGGAGAUAUCGUUCUUGACAAUGUGAGGUGUUUGGGAAAUGAGACGGAUCUCUACUCCUGCCCCAGUAAUCGUCCACUCCGACACGAUUGCAAGCAUUCGGAGGACGCGGGAGUGCAGUGUCUCAAUACACGAGCUAUUCGUCUUGUCGAUGGGCCAUCAAACAGCGAGGGUCGAAUCGAGGUCCUCUACAACGGCAUCUGGGGAACCGUCUGCGAUAACUUAUUUGACAUGAACGCUGCCUACAUCGCGUGCCGUUCUCUCGGCUUCAACUACGCCCUCGAAGCCGUCCGUCUUGGUGGGUUCGGGGAGGGCACAGGGCCGGUGAUUCUUGAUGAAGUUAGGUGCUACGGGCCUGAAGAGAACCUUUUCCAGUGCAUGCAUAGACCGCCUCUAAACGCCUAUUGUGGACACUGGGAAGACGCUGGAGUGCGUUGUGCCGGAAGCACACCAACACCCAUCCGUCUAGUUGGUGACUCAUCUAAUACCGCAGGACGAGUCGAGAUAUCUUACAAAGGACACUGGGGGACAGUCUGUCAUGAUGACUGGGACAAUGACGAUGCAACUGUGGUGUGCCGUAGCCUGGGUCUUGGUACCAACGGAAUAGCUUACAGGUAUGCUCACUUUGGUGAGGGUUCUGGAGAUGUUAUACUUUCCAAUCUCCGAUGUACUGGUGAUGAAUCGGAUCUUAUGGCCUGUCCCAGCACUGGACCGCUCAACAACAGGUGCCUACAUUUCCAGGAUGCCGGAGUACGCUGUCUCUGAGGUAGUUUUCUUAAAACAUUUUCUUAAACCAAAACAGCUCUACUAAAUUAUUUAUCAAUCUUGGUAGUACUUUUCAUGUGAAAGAUUCUCCUUCUCCACUUUCAUCACUUGUUGGGUUAUAUUGGAUAUGGUGAAAGGGAUAUCUCGUUUCUCCGAAGGUUCAUAUUACGAAAAGUUGGUUACUCCGCAGGUUCAUUAUCCCGUAGGUUCCUUAGUCUGAACUUGAAAUAGGGUUCUUUAUUCUGAAAAUGAAGGUUCUAAAUUUCGAAAGAUUGUCGUUAUUCUGAAGGUUUGUAAUUCCUCAAUGCAA